CAUAAACACAGGGUAGGUUUCCACUGACGCUAAUACCAGUAACAUUAUAUAUUCAUGUACAAGUUUGGAAUAAGCAAGAGAUAAUUAUGGAUGAAUCAUCAGUAUCAAAUGCUGCAACAGCUGUGCAAGCUCUCGAAAGACUGGCCCUUCAGUCUAGACACUUUGGAAGAAAGCUGGCGAUAUUCAGUUAAAAGAUGGUCUUCGUACGACCCUUGAUCAAGCAAGAAACAUCAAGUCACUACCUAGAGGGAAGUUCUGAGAGCUAUGUUCCUUUACAAGUAGAGGCUAGACCCCUUGUGGAUUUGAAACAGUUGGUGUUGAUGCAUGUGCCCACAUCAGUCAGUGAUGUUUCUCGUCAAAAGUUCACAGACCUCAUCAGUGAAAUGCUUUCAGGGAGGUGUAAGAAAAUAUUGGCAGGCAUUCUCUUGACAUGUCCCUGGUGGGAGUCAACGCAAAAAGAAAGAGGAGAACAGGCCAAGUAUAACAUUCUGCUUGUUGUGGUGAUAACUGAUGAUCAUCAAUUCUUCUCUCCAGCUAAUCCUCAGAUCCAAGAAGCAGGCUGUGUUGUUGAUCUGGGGUGGCUGUCUGUGAUGGAGCUGAGUCAUUUUGGCCAUGUCCUGGCCAAAGGUCGCACCCGCUCUGUAGAAGCACUCUACUGUCCAGAUGAAGCUGUAGUAUAUAGUUCAAAAGAGUGGUCAAAUCUUCGGCAGUGCUGAUCUGAGGUUAUAACAGGAACUCGUCCUUUUCUAGAAGCAUGCUGUGGUCAGGCAAUGGGCAGCAUAGCAAAGAAGCGAAAAAAUGGAGGAAUGAAAUUGUGUGAAAAGUCCACCCAAGCAGAGAUCUGUGAAGCAUUCAGACUUUUGCACCAUGCCCAUAAUCAUCUCUUGGGUCAGCCACCAGCUACUAGUAAACUUCAGUCAUCAGUGUUACCACAGUGUGCAGCAGAAGCUCUGCAUAAGCUUCAGGCUCUUUAUCAUGACCCAGACGUAUCAAAGCAAGACAUUUUUGACUGCAUGAUGUCCUGGCAUGAUGAACUGCGAAACAGCAUAAAGAAAUACCAAUUUCAUCCACAACAAGAUGUGGAGGCUGUGGUAGGAAACUGGAUGAAGCAAAGUAGAUUGCAAGGGCGACUUUUGAUGCCAGAAAUAUGUCCCGAGAAUGACCUCAGUCACUUGUACCAGCUGAUGCAGGACAUUGGUGGUCCAGUGGUCAAGAUGAAACCUGAACAGAUUCUGCUUGUAGCAAGGGCAGGAAGUUUCAUGUAUGGAUUGUCUACUCCUGAAAGUGAUGCAGAUUACAUUAUUGUCUACAAGGAGCCUACUGAGUACUUGCUGAGUGCCUGCAAGCGUGGUGCAGAGUGCAUGGAAAGCCGGGGUCCUGACAAGAAGGUUGAAUAUGGUGCAUAUGAGGCAAGAAGCUUUUGUGAAAUGCUUCUAAAAGGCAGCGUGAUCAUCUUAGAGGUGGUUUAUCUGGAUGACCAUGACUUUGUGAGUCCUUUGUGGAAGAUAUUGACUCAGAACAAAGGUAGAUUUGUCACCGAGCUAGGGAUUCAACAAUACCUUGGACUCAUUAAGAACAAUUUUCACAUGAUCCAUAGCGGGCGCCAUAAAGACACCGGCCGGGAGCGCAAGCUGUUUUAUCAAAUAUUCCACAAGACUGACAGUGUGCGUUACAUGAUGAGAGGCCAUCCUCCACCAGUCCGAUGUUCUGGUGCAGUGAGAGACUUCAUCAUGAAAGUACGUGUGGGGGAAAUGAAGGGAGAAUUUUCAAGAGAAAGCCUGAAUAAAGCCACAGCAGAAUUUGAAGAGCUGCAACAGCAACUUGCCAAUCGAACUCAUCGCCUGCCAGAAAACCCAAGCUUUAAUUUUGUGACAAAUUGGCUCCUGCAAGUCAGGGGUAUCAUCACUUGAUUUCCUUAGUCAACUAGCAUCUGCAGUGCUUUAUAGUCCUGCUAUGGGACUGGUAGCGCUGCUGCUGGCACUGAUCAUUGAGUCUAUUCUUUUCUUACCUUGAAAUUCUCAGUCUUAUCAGUUAGUGCUAGGUGUAAGGAUGAUAUGGUAACAAAUGCAAAAAGAUGUAUAACUUUUAGUCAUUGUAGCCAAAGACCUUCUUGUAUGCUUAUACAUUCACCUAUCAACACUGACAUGCUAAGCCUAGCUCAACACUGACAUUGCUAAGCCUAGUUCAAAAGGGGCUGCACAGGCCUUGGUAUAAAAAGAUCAAAAUGAACCUCAGGGCAUGCAAAAGAGUAGCUGUACUUUUUUUUCUGUCGUUCACUAAGCAGACAUGGACACAUUUCUUCAUUUUCUUAAAAGGCAUUCCAUUGACAGAUUUCUGAGUAAUUUUACUAAAAACCAGUGAUGUAGAUGAGCUUCCUAUUUUUAGAUUGAACGUUGCUAAUUAUUCCCUUUUUAACAUUAGGCACCAAUGUUUUGUGCAAAUAAAUGUUACCUUUGUGGGAUCAUGACUUUACAGUGAAUUAAUCAAACGCAUUUAAAUACAAGUUUUCUCCUGAAUAGCAUUUUAUUUUAUUACUAGCAUUUGAAUAACACUAAAAUGAUGAGCAGAAAAAAUUAAAUGUGUAUGUAUAUUACAAAGUUGAAUGAGUGAGCAAGUGUCUGAUACACUGCAUAUUGUGAUACCAUGGCUUAUUUUAUAAUUGCCAUUUGAGGUUUUUGUUUAGCGUCACUUUGGUUAACUCCAAGAAUUGCCACUUUCAUGUCCCUGGAGUAUAAAGGAAGUAAAUUUUAAAAAAAGUGGAGGGUAGGAGUUUGCUUUCAUACGGUUGCACAAGUUUCAAAAUGCAUAUUUUAUAACUCAUAUUUCAGCACAUGCAAGUUUGUAUGAAUAGAAAAGCUAUAAGGAAGGCCUAGUAGUGAUGUUAUCCAGUUUUUCAAACUAAUCAAUUUUGAUUCAUAGUCUAUUUGUGUUCCCUCUGAAAGUUCCAUAGCCUUUUGGUUAGAGUGCUUAACAAGGAGAAGGCUGCAGCCUCUAAUUUGUUAAAGUAAAAGGCAGCUGAAGAGAGGGCAAGGCUAUGCCUUCUACAUGUCAUGUCCUAAAUAUUAAACUACUUGCAUUUCUCUAGCCUCUACCCAUCUAUGGCCACUAGACCAAAAGAUGUACUUACGUCUCAUGUCAGCCUAUAGAGGAAUAUUUUUCUGCAAGGAUUAAUACAUGGUCAUGCUGAGAAAUAAAAGAACUUUUAUGAACA